CCAUUGUCCCGGCCCUUCAGAGGGCUGACAUCACAGCCUGCAUGUGCUAGGAGGGGAGAGCACCAAACCAGUGCUGCUGGCUGCUGGGACUGACUGUCCUGCACAGAGGAACCAGAAAACAGCAUCAAAAUGAGCGUCAAAACUGCCGUGCUUCUCCUUGAUGUUGCUGUAAUGUUGUUGACUCCCUCCUCAGCCACACAAGUAGGUCUGAGUGAGAAAGUUCUGGUCUUCCCCUAUGAGACGGAUUUCAGCUUCGUGGCUCUGAUCCCACAGAAGGAAAUGGAGCUCCGGGCCUUCACCCUCUGCAUGCGUGUGGCUACAGAGCUGCCAGAGGAGCGACAGAUCAUCCUGUUUGCCUACCGCACGGCCGACUAUGAUGAGCUCAACGUGUGGCGUGAAAAAGAUGGCCGCGUGUCCCUCUCCAUGAGCGGGGACGGUAUCUUUUUUCAUCUCCCUCCUCUCACCACUUUCCGCUCCAGCCUCUGCCUCACAUGGGAGUCUCGCACCGGCCUCACCGCUUUCUGGGUGGAUGGCAAACGCAGCACCUACCAGGUCUACAAACCAGGUCACAGCAUCCGUCCAAAAGGCACCGUCCUGCUAGGGCAAGACCCAGAUAAACACUUGGGAGGGUUGGAGGCCAUGCAGAGCUUUGUGGGGGAGGUGACUGACCUGAACAUGUGGGACUCUGUGCUCUCCAGGAGCAUGAUUCAGGCCUGGCACUACGGACACAAGGUGCUCAAGGGGAAUAUCUUUGACUGGUCCAGCAUAGAGUACGAGCUGAACGGGAAUGUGAUGGUGGUGCAUGACGACUGACUCCAUGAGAGGUGCAGCACAGACAGGAGUCAGACUUUGGAGCCUGGCCUCAGUCUAGUGCUGAUGUGUUUUUGUCUUUCUUAGAUUCAAAAGUUCUUCUUUACUUUAGGAGCGUCUGUCUAUCCUGAGUUAACCUCUGAAUGUUUAGGUAAAUGGAGAGAAUGAUUUAGGAUCAUUUGAUUCUUGCUGCAUGAUUUAUGUUGUGCCCCUUUUUGUGUCUAGGAGCAUAACAUAAAAGUACGGUAAAUAUUUUUGCCCGUUUAAAUUAAUAACAAAACACCAAAAGAUUGUCUCCGUAUAAAAACAACAAAUUUAUUUAAAAAUUGUUAAAUAACAACCACCAGUAACUUAAAAGGUGAAGCAAAAAAGGCUUCGGGGUAAACCAAGGCCAAAAUUACAAACAAACCCCCACCUAACCGAAAUCUGCAAUCUUAUCUGUAAUCUGUAAACAAAACUACACAGAGUGGGCCUGAACACAAAAACCACAAAACUACAAAGUGCAACACAACCUGAAACAGGUGGAGAACUACAAAACAAAUGGAGACGAGUGCCAAAGCUGCAGUUUGGAUCCAGUGGGAGCCACGCCUUUUCCAGCACCACACCCGAAAGUAAUCAGACACACACACAAACAAACAAAAAUCCACAAAAACAACGAAGUCCCACUCUGAUAAAAAGAAAAUACCACAACACACGGAACAAAAAGAAAUCCAAACCAAACUUAGCCACAGCCGUAACAAUCUCCCAAUAAAAAAAACAAAUAUUUUUACAUUUUCAGCAGCGACAGAUGCACUUAAUAUUCAGCCAAUUUUGCUCAUAAAUCAAUUAAGGUCCUUUAAACUGCAAUGUUUUGGUAAUAUUCUUUAAAAUAGAUAGAAAGUAAACACAGCUUUUUUAAUUAAGUCAAAAAGCAACAGAAACUGCCUUUUUAAAUGUAUUUUUACAAAGCAGACAUGCUGUGUGCUACCAGAUGGUGGUGCUUUGUUCUGCACAUCUCAAUUUAAAGAAUUGUGUCUGAUUUUAUUUGAGCCUCAUACAUUUACUGUGAUUUGUAAGAUAAUGUUUGAUUUGUGCACGUACAAGUUGUUGGGAAUAAGCACAAACUAAAACAUGAUCAUGAGGCUAACAUGUGUUAUAAAUAAAAUCCAGCAGAAAUGUAACAAUGAACUGGAAUUUAAAAAACACUUUGCUGUCUUGAAUUUAACUGGAUAACCUGUUUGUUGACAGAAACCAUUAAGGAAGAUGCUGAAAAAGAAAUCAUUGAAAGCUUUUUUGCACCUAAGUGGUAAUUAUCUUCUUUAAAAUCCUUUGCCACAAUUUUGCCUUUGGAUAUCGCCCUUGUUCAUAAAUUUUCUAUGUUUCAGCUGAUGUAAGAGCGCUUUGGGGCCUGAAAUAACAUCUCGCAUGUGCAUAACUGAUGGUGUUUGUGAUUAAAAUCUCAGAACUUUAA